AUGCCUCUCGUAAACCCAGAGAAACUCGUUGCUUUGCAGCGAAACCCAGACGGAAUCAGAAAUAUUUGCAUCUUAGCCCACGUUGAUCAUGGAAAAACUUCUCUUACCGACGCUCUCAUCGCCACAAAUGGCAUCAUCUCCCCCAAACUCGCGGGCAAGAUCCGAUAUCUCGAUUCGCGACCCGACGAACAGAUUCGAGGCAUUACCAUGGAAUCCUCUGCCAUAUCUUUGUACUUCUCGAUGCUACGAAGAAAUGCACCAGAUGCGACCCCUGAGCAUAAGGAAUACUUGAUCAAUCUAAUUGACUCGCCCGGGCACAUCGAUUUCAGUAGCGAAGUUUCAACCGCUUCACGUCUAUGUGAUGGCGCAGUAGUCUUAGUGGACGCAGUUGAAGGCGUCUGUAGUCAGACCGUCACAGUACUUCGGCAGACAUGGGUGGAGCAUAUGAAGCCUUUGCUCGUCAUUAACAAAAUGGAUAGGCUAAUCACAGAAUUGAAGAUGACCCCUGGGGAGGCUUACACGCAUCUCAGCAAAUUGCUAGAACAAGUCAACGCCGUCCUCGGGAGUUUCUUCCAAGGUGAACGAAUGGAAGAGGAUUUGAAUUGGCGGGAACGCAUGGACGAGAGGAUUGCAGCAGCAAAGGAGCAGGAGAACGCAUCCAAGGACUUGAGCGGCGCAAAUGGAACAUCUGUGGAUACCGAUAGCAUGUCUGCCAAUGCUGGCUGGGAAGAGAAAGACGAUGAGGAUAUUUACUUUGCUCCAGAGAAGAAUAACGUUAUUUUCAGCAGCGCUAUAGACGGUUGGGCAUUUACGGUACGGCAGUUCGCCAGUUUAUACGAGAAAAAGCUUGGAAUAAAGAGGACGGCCAUGGAAAAGGUACUCUGGGGAGAUUUCUACUUGGAUCCAAAAACGAAGAAAGUUCUGGCACAGAAGCAUUUGAAAGGCCGAGCCCUGAAGCCAAUGUUCGUUCAGCUAGUGCUAGAACAGAUAUGGGCUGUGUAUUCGGCGACGACUGGGGGAGAUAACUGUAAAGGCGAUGCUGCCUUGACGGAAAAGAUUACUAAAUCUUUGAACCUCACAUUACCACCAUAUGUCCUGCGAUCGAGAGAUCCUCGAGCUAUUCUUACUGCUUUAUUCACUUCGUGGCUUCCUCUCUCUACAGCACUACUUGUCUCCUGUAUCGAGUCUUUACCUUCUCCUCCUGUUGCACAGGAGAGUCGACUUCCUGCCAUGAUUGAUGCCUCUCCGGGGUCUUCUCAUGUGGACCCUAAAUUGCGACAAGCAAUGGUCAAAUCAAAAAGCACUAAAGAUGACCCUGUUGUCGCCUAUGUAAGCAAAAUGGUGUCGAUACCGGAAAGCGAACUCCCUGAAAAUAGGCGCCGAGUUGGAGGGUCGCUCAGUCCAGAAGAAGCUUUGGAAAUGGGUAGACGAAAAAGAGCAGAGAUUGCGCGAGCAAGAGCUUUGGCUGAGAGUAGUAGUGAGGACCCAGUUGGCAGCCUUGCUACUGCGAUGGAUGGAGCAAGCUUAGAGGAUGCCGAUGCCGAACAAGAAAAGCCCCCUGAAAAAGAGCAUUUGAUUGGAUUCGCAAGAAUCUAUUCAGGAACUCUUUCAGUUGGCGACUCAGUUUAUGUGAUACCUCCAAAGUUUUCCCCUGCGAAUCCCCAUAACGAUCCCGAGCCACAAAAGGUCACUGUCACUGGCUUGUAUCUUCUCAUGGGUCGUGGACUUGAGCCUCUGACCUCCGUCCCAGCCGGCGUUGUCUUUGGAAUCGCUGGGCUCGAAGGCCAUGUGCUCAAAUCAGGAACCAUCUGCACCCAGUUAGAAGGCAGUGUAAAUCUAGCUGGUGUCAAUAUGGCCGCUCAGCCUAUUGUACGUGUUGCUUUGGAACCGGCAUGGCCAGGAGAUCUGGACAAAAUGAUUGCUGGCCUCAAACUUUUGGUUGCAAGUGAUCCUUGUGCCGAGUAUGAGCAGUUCUCAAGUGGGGAACAUGUUCUGCUGACAGCGGGGGAGCUUCACCUCGAGAGGUGUCUUACCGAUCUCCGCGAGCGAUUUGCCCGGUGCGAGAUCCAGGCUGGUGAGCCAAUUGUUCCAUACCGAGAGACCAUCGUUCGCGCAGAUGAGAUGAAACCUCCGGCCAACAAAGAUCUUGGAAGAGGUACAGUCAUCGCAGUCUCGACUUCAAAGCAAAUCACAAUUCGAUUACGUGUCAGGCCUCUGCCCAAAGAAGUCUCAGAUUUUCUGAUCAAGAAUGCGAGUGCAAUCAAGCACUUGUACUCUGAGCGCCAGAGUGAAGAGAAGAGCAAGAAAGCGGGAGAGGCAGCUCCUGACGAUUCUGAUUCUGCAGAUAUUGAUGAAGAUGUUACAGUGGAUGCAGCCCAAUCCAUGUCUCUUCCAGAAUUCAAGAAGCAGCUUUCGGCUGUCUUUGAAGGCGUUAAGGGUCCGCGCGAUAUAUGGGCGAAUGCCGUGGAAAAGAUAGCAGCCUUCGGCCCACGAAGAGUUGGACCUAACAUAUUGAUCGAUACCACAGAACAAAACGUUUGUGGCAAAUUUCUCAGAGAAUCAGGCACGGAAGAAGAGCGACAAGAGAUUGGUGAUACUCUUCAGGCACGCGAUUUUUCAGACAAGAUAAGCUACGCGUUCCAGCUUGCUACUGCACAAGGACCCCUUUGUAAUGAGCCUGUGCAGGAUAUAGCUGUCUUCCUUGAAGAAGUCACAGUCUCACACUCGGCGGACGAUGAGUCCUCAGCUCGAGACAAGCUAGGCCGCCUGACUGGUGAAGUCAUCAAGACAGUCCAGCAAGCAAUCAAACAAGGCUUCCUAGAUUGGAGUCCUCGUCUUCUCUUAGCUAUGUAUUCUUGCGAAAUUCAAGCAAGUACCGAUGUACUUGGUCGCGUCUACGACGUCUUAACCAGACGUCGUGGUCGCAUUCUUUCCGAAGCACUCAAUGAAGGCACACCAUUCUACACCAUCAUCUCUCUUCUUCCCGUUGCCGAAUCGUUUGGCUUCAGCGAUGAAAUCCGUAAACGCACAUCCGGUGCCGCUUCCCCGCAGCUUAUUUUCCAAGGAUACGAGAUCUUGGAUGAAGAUCCAUUCUGGGUUCCGUUUACAGAAGAUGAUCUGGAGGAUCUAGGCGAGCUGGCGGAUAAGGAAAAUGUGGCGAAGAGGUAUAUGGAUAAGGUUAGAAAGAGGAAGGGACUUAUGGUGCAGGGGAGGAAGUUGGUUAAGGAUGCGGAGAAGCAGAAGACGCUUAAGAGAUAA